AUGGUGAUUGUGAAAUCAGAUAUGGGGCAUAUCCUUGCAACGGCCUACAACUGCGUUGUAGUUUUAUUAACUAAACACAAGAUUGGUUAUUGUGAAACCUAUUUUCCACUGCGCGGUCGUCCACCGUUGGAUCCAUUUGCACGCAUUAUGUGUGUUGGUAUGGUUCCAAACCAUUUUGUGUAUGUUAAAUUGAAGGUUGGGUGUCCACUGCCUCAAACUUGUAAGGAAUGGAAAAAUCAUAGGGCGCAAGAGGCUGAGACUUGGGAGGAUACAUUUAUGGAUCGGAUGGUUGAAUUUGACGAACUCAUGAAGAAUGAAAAAGGUGACAUGAAGAUGGAAACAAAUGAAGAUGAUCCUGUAGUUGUGAGAGACAAAUGA